CAGAGGAUGCACAGGCAGUCCAACUCUUCCAGGAUGGCACAUCAAUACUUGCCAUUGCCAGAAGGUUUGCUGUGUCUCCCAGCACAGUCUGAGGAGCAUGGAGGAGAUUCCAGGAGACUCUAGGAGAACUGGACAGGGCCGUAGAAGGUCCUUAACCCAUCAGCAGAACCGGUGUCUGCUCCUUUGUGCAAGGAGGAACAGGAUGAGCACUGCCAGAGCCCUACAAAAUGACCUCCAGCAGGCCACUGGUGUGAAUGUCUCUCACCAAAUAAUCAGAAACAGACUUCGUGAGGGUCGCCAAUGUCCUCUAGUGGGCCUUGUGCUCACUGCCCGGCACCGUGAAGCUCGAUUGGGAUUUGCCAUUGAACACCGGAAUGGGCAGGUCCACCACUGGUGCUUUUCACAGAGCAGGUUCACCCUGAGCACAUGUGACAGACGUGAAAGGGUCUGGAAAAAUCGUGGAGAACGUUAUGCUGCCUGUAAAAUCGUUCAGCAUGACCGGUUUGGUGGUGGUGGUCUGACAUGAGUCAGAUGGAGCCUGGAAGUCUUGAGCCGUCGGACACGGAGGUGCUACAGCAGCUGUACUCCAUGAGCAAGGACAUGCAGGGCCGGAUGGUGGAGCUCAUACCCCGACUGACAGAGGAGAAGCUCAUAGAGCAGUUACUCACUGCCAAUGAUGACAUUAACACCACGUUUGCACAAUAUCACAGAUUUGAAAGGCAUCUCAACAGACAGAGCAGUACACAGUCUAAUCCAGCUAAUGCAAACCUCAUUGACUUUGGUACUUCCAACCAAUCAAAGGCAACAAAUGGUGCUCACAGUGCAAUCAGCCAAUCAGCAGUCCCCACACUAUCCAAUCAGAUGGCAGGAUUGAUCAGAGUGAAGUGAUGGAUGACAUUGAACAGUGGCUUGAUGUUGAUGAUGAAGAUGAUUAUGAGGGAGUGACUAGUGAAGAGUUUGAUAAGUUCCUAGUGGAAAGGGCGAAAGCAGCUGAACACCUUCCUUCGGUCAAAGCAUCAUACAAAGACCCUGGCCAUUCACAGCUGUAGUUCUGGACUGGAUUUGCAUAAUCUCUAUAUAAACAUGUUCAUAACAUUUGUAUUUCAGGUAAUAACCAUGAGCUCACUGUUCAGUUCGUUUUUAGUAUUUUUGGUUUAUUUCUAACCAUGUUAUAUUUUGAUCAAACUUUGUAAAACUUUAGGUGUGGGUUUUGUCGAUGUCUCGUAUUACACCAAUUGUGAUUUUGCGGAUACCACCUUAUGAAAUAUUUUUAUAACUAGACACUCCUUUAAUUUUCUUUAAAUGGAGAAAGUAUCCAUAAAGAACUUUAUUGCUCUUGAUUGUUGAGGUUAAAGCUGUUGUAUGUAAAUACACUAAAUAUGUAAUAUUAGUCUGUUUUGAAGGAAGUGGAUUUUACAGAAGUUAGUAGGUUAAGUUUCUUUCUUACAAUGCAUGUGAUUUCCGUCUGCAGGCUGCUGGAUGUCUCUAGUAUUUGUGCUAUAAUCUAUGUACAACCUUAUACAGUUCAUAUUAGGGGUUAUGUUAAAAUAUAUUCAAUAAAACUAAGGUUAUUUUAAAAUCUUUGUUUAUAAUUUGCCUUUGCCUGAUGACGGUCUUUAAAGUUGGCACAGUACCUACAACCUGUAUAUUUGUACAAUAAUGCAGUGCACAAUAACUCCAACUGACCACGUUUUGCAUACAUAACCUGAGGAAAGCCUGUUAGAAAAGAUUUGCAUGUGCUGCUUGCCAUCUAGUGCAAUAUAAAUAAAAGCCACAAAAUAGA